UUCAAUUAAUAUUAUUGUGUAAAAUAAUUUUUUUACCGACAAAAUUUCAAAUAGGCCCAUCGUUUUGUGGUAAGUUGUUUUUGUUGAUUUUUUUUUUUUUGUUAAAUUCUUCGAAAAAAAUUAAAUUGAUUAUAAAUAAAAUUAAUAAGUUCACUUCGAAAUUCUUUGCUGAUAAAAAGAUUAAAAAGUAAUUGUAAAAAAAAAAGAAACUGCAUCAUUAAAAACGUUAAUUUCUAUGAAAAUAUUUCGAAAAUAUUUUACACUUUAAAAACAUAGUAAAAUAAUAAUUUAAUAUCAGUUUAUUUUCGUAUUAUUGCUGGUCGUUUACUUGAAAAAUAAUCGUGAAAUGUGAGAUAAUACGUAGAUGACCUCUGUCAUGCACAUAUCAAUUUAUAUUAUAAUUUUGUUUUAAAUAUAAAAUGAUAAAUCAAACUUGUAAUCAAUAUACAUGUGUUAAGUUUUUUGAUAAAUCAGUUUGUGAAAAACAUUCAUUGUAAAUUCAUCAUAUUUUUUAACAUAAGAAAAUUUAGUUUCAGUGAAAAAUGUUUAAAACAAAAUGUCAUCAAUGGUACUUAUCAAAUAGAGCAUACAAAUUUAAUCGAAUUGAAGUGAAAAAAAUUUCUUCAAAUUCACCUGAAGUUAAGAAAACAUGCAUGUAUGAUUUUCAUGUAAAAAAUAAUGGAAAAAUGGUAAAUUUUUCGAAUUUUUUACUUCCAUUAAAGUAUGAAGAUUCAAUUGAAAUUUCUCAUCAACAUACUAGAACAAAUGCAUCACUGUUUGACGUUGGACAUAUGCUUCAAACAGAAAUAUCUGGAAAUAAUGCUGCUGAAUAUUUAGAAAGUCUUACAACUGCUGAUUUAAAAAAUCUCAAUCAAGGUGCAUCUGUUUUGACAGUAUUUACUAAUGACAAUGGUGGAAUUCUUGAUGAUCUUAUAAUAACAAAAGACAGUGAGAAUAAAUUUUUUGUUGUAUCAAAUGCUGGUAGAAGAAAUGAAGACAUGGAAAUUUUCGAAAAACGUAAGAAUGAAUAUAAAAUUCAAGAGAAACAAAUUUCAUUGAUUCAUUUCGAUCCAUCUGAAUAUGGACUUGUUGCUUUACAAGGACCAAGUGCAGCUGGCAUACUUCAAUCAUUUGUUGAUAUUGAUUUGACAAAAUUAAAAUUUAUGAAUUCAGUUAAAACUAAAAUAUUAAAAAUGGAAUGUAGAAUAAGCCGAUGUGGUUAUACUGGAGAAGAUGGAUUUGAAAUAUCUUCACAAGGAAAUAAUAUUAAAAUAUUAGCUGAAAAAUUUUUAUAUUCAACUGAUGUUAAACUUGCUGGUCUUGGUGCUAGAGAUUCAUUGAGAUUAGAAGCUGGUUUAUGUUUGUAUGGACAUGACAUUGAUGAAAAUACAACACCAAUUGAAGCAGGACUUGGUUGGCUUGUUGCACGACGACGAAAACAAAAUAGUGAUUUUCCAGGUGCUAAAAAAAUCUUAUCACAAAUCAAAGAAGGUGUUGAGAAAAAGAGAAUUGGAUUGACAUUAGAAAAUGGUCCAGCAGCAAGAGAAAAUACUCCAAUUUUAUCACUAAAUGGUGAAUUUAUUGGUGCUGUAACUUCUGGUGGUAGAAGUCCAACUUUAAAAAAACCCAUAGCCAUGGGAUAUGUUCCACCAGAACAAGGAAAAAUUGGAUCUAAGGUAUUAGUUGAUGUUAGAGGAAAAAUUUACGAAGCAAUUGUUACAAAAAUGCCAUUUGUUCAAACAAAUUAUUACACUGAUAAAAAAAAAUAAGUAAUUCAUAUUUUUUAUGUAUUAUUUUUUCAUAAUUUUCAAUAUUUACAUCAACAAUUAUUGAUGUUUAAUUAGAAAAUUUAUAUCACAAAUUGUUUAGAAAAAAUUUAACAUAAUUUUUAGAAAAAAAAAUCUUCUAUAUGUAAUUCAUAUGAAAUAUUUAUAAAUUUUGAUGGUUUUUUACACAUUUUUUUAAAUAAAUGAUACAAUGAUUUGUUGACAAUUAAAAUAAGAACAAUAUUAUUAGUACGAUAUCGUGUAAAACCAUUUGCAAAUAAAAGUGUAUUAACAGUAAUUGGAGUUUCUCUGAGAUAAAGUCGUUCAAGAUUUCUCGAACUUUUUAAUAAUUUAUGAAUUGAUAUAUCAUUUACAUUGGCACAGCCAACACAAGAUACAUUUUUUAAAUUUCGAAAUUCACUAAAAAUUGUAUCUUUAAUAUGUGGAAGAAAUUUAAUUCUUAAAUUUGUUAAAAAUUCUAAUUUUGCUAAUUUUUCAAGACCUGAAUUAGUGACUUUUUUGCAACCACUUAUAUUUAAAUCUUGAAGUUUUUUACAAUUAAUUGAAAGACCAAAUAAAAAUUUAUCAUUAACAUGAUCUAAUUGUUGAACAUCUAAAUACUUUAAAUUAACUAAAUUUAAAAGUGAAAAUAAGCUAUUUUUUAUAUUUGUACGAUGAUCAAUUUCAACAUGAGUUAAAGAAUUAAUAAGGCUUAUUCCUUUGAUUAAUUCAUCAGCAAAAUAAUACGGUGUACUUAAAUAAUUAAAACGUCCACCAAGAUCAAAUUUUAUAUGUUGUAAAUUUUUCAUAUUUGAAAAAAUACUAGCAAGUUGUUCGCCAUUCCAGGCAUCAAAUUGAACCACUAAUUUUUCAAGAUUUGGACAAUAAGCUUGAACAGACAAUAAUAUACUUGAGUAACACCUGUCCCAAAUUUCUAAACUUUUUAAAAAAUAUCCACAUCUGAAUAAUAUUUGUUCAAUGUCUUCCUGUGUCAUGUCACUGUUCUGAU